GCUUUACAGCACAUUUAUCCUGCAAGGUCUUCACCUCAAGGCUGAAUAUGGAGGGUUUAUUAUCCCUGCUGCGUGGCCAAGUCUCUGUGAGAUUUUUAUUCUUCUGAUCCUUGUUCCGAUGCUGGAGAGAGCUAUUUAUCCCAGCCUGAAUGGGUGUGGUAUUAAUGUCUCCAUCCUUGGAAAGGUCAUCUUAGGAAUGUUCCUGGCUGCUGGUUCAGCUGGAAUGGCUGGUUAUGUUGAAAAAGAAAUGACAAACAGUUUUUUUGAUGCUGGUUCUGUCAAUCAUACUGCCAGUGGGGAAAGAUACCCUGUGGUGAGAGACUAUUCUAUUUGGUGGCAAAUUCCACAGUACACCCUGAUGGGUAUGAGUGAAGUCUUCACAAGUAUUCCAGGACUUCAGAUGGUGUUCACCAUGUGCCCGGACACACCACAAAGUGUGACAUCUGCAGUAUUUAACAUCAUGAUAAGUAUUGGAAGUCUGCUGAGUCUUAGCAUUUUAGCGCUUACCGCUUAUCUUUGGGGGUGGUACCCCAGAGCCAGGGAAGGGGCACUCGGGUACUAUUUGGGUAACGACAAAGUUGCCUACUAUUACUGGCUGUUAGCAGUAGUGAUGGUCGCAACAGCACUUUUGACUUCUAUUGUAGGAUAUACUUGUGAUAUUGGACCUGACAAAAAUGGAAUUAAACACCAAGUGCUGGUCAAUGAAGAGACUUCGACACAAGGUCAGCUUUCAAAUGCCGGGGUUGAUUCAAAAAAUAACACAUUUGUGGAGCUCAGCUCGUGA